UAUCUAUCUAUUCUAGGGUUUAGUUUAUUCAUCCAAAAUCCCAAUCUUCCUUCAAAGCUUCGUUCUUUCUCAUUCAAUAGAGCUACCCAAAUGGUUCGCUCUCAUGGCGUCACUCUCUUCAAUCGCCUUGCUCGUCAAUCUCUCUAUAACGCCACCGACAAUUCCGUAUAUCAAGCACUGUUCCAAAGGGGUUAUAGGGUAUUGAAUUCAGGGCUUUGCAAUCCAUCCAGAGUUGUUGGUAGUUCUGCACCACAUGUUGGAAGUGGAUUUUAUUUGAAGAACUGGGUGCUAUUGGGAGCAGCUAAUCCAUAUUCAGGGGCAUCCAGAUCAAUUCAUGGCUCGGCACCAUUGGCAAGGGACUAUUAUGAUGUUCUUGGUGUGAGUAAGAAUGCAAGUUCUUCCGAAAUAAAGAAAGCUUACUAUGGGCUUGCAAAGAAGCUUCAUCCAGACACAAAUAAGGGUGAUCCUGAGGCUGAAAAGAAGUUUCAAGAAGUUUCAUUGGCAUAUGAGGUUUUGAAGGAUGAGGAACGACGUCAACAGUAUGAUCAGGUUGGCCAUGAUGCUUAUGUAAACCAACAAAGCACUGGUUCUGGGGGCGAGGGUGGCUUUGGCUUCAAUCCUUUUGAGCAGAUGUUCCGUGAUCAUGACUUUGUCAAGAGCUUUUUCCAUCAGAAUAUUGGCGGAGAGGAUGUUAAGGCUUUCAUUGAACUAUCUUUCAUGGAAGCUGUCCAAGGGUGCACCAAAAUUUUGACAUUUCAAACAGAUAUGCUUUGCAAUACUUGUGGUGGGAGUGGUGUUCCUCCUGGUACAAGACCUGAAACUUGUAGCCGAUGUAAAGGGUCAGGAGUGGUAUUUGCACAAGCUGGCUUUUUCAAAAUGGAGAGUACUUGUGGAACCUGUAAGGGAACUGGAAAAAUCGUAUCGAAUUUCUGCAAGUCUUGCAGGGGUGCAAAGGUUGUGAAAGGAACAAAGUCAGUCAAGUUGGAUGUUAUGCCUGGGAUAGACAACAAUGAGACUCUAAAGGUGUUUAGAAGCGGUGGAGCUGAUCCUGACGGAAAUCAUCCUGGUGAUCUUUAUGUUACUAUCAAGGUUAGGGAAGAUCCUGUUUUUCGCAGAGAAGGAUCUGAUAUUCACGUAGAUGCUGUCUUAAGUAUCACUCAGGCGAUUUUGGGGGGAACUAUUCAAGUACCAACUCUUACUGGAGAUGUUGUUCUGAAGGUUCGCCCGGGCACCCAACCUGGUCAAAAAGUGGUUUUGAAAAAUAAAGGGAUCAAGACAAAAAAUUCUUACACAUUUGGGAAUCAAUAUGUUCAUUUUAAUGUCAGCAUCCCAACAAACCUGACGGAGAGACAGCGGGAAUUGAUUGAAGAGUUUGUUAAGGAAGAACGAGAGGCUUCUGAUAAACAGAGAGAAGCUUCAGCUUCAGCUUCUGGUUGAUUAUAUUUUCAGAAUCCUCACCAUUUAUUCAAGCUCAAAUAAGUGGGAACCUACUUCCUGGUAUUGUAGGAGCAUUAAGAGUUGAUAUUUCCCCCUUCCACUUUGAGCGAAUGUAUUGAUUUUGUUUUUGUCAUAAGUGACGUUCCCAAUUCAAAUUUUAAAGGUUAGAAGGCUAUUCCCUAUGCUUGUGCAUCUGUAGAAUUCUAUAGUUUCCCCUUUUUGAAGGUGUGCAAGUCACCAUUAAUUUAUGCAGAUUUAUAAAUAUGAUGUUAUUAUAAAUUUCUAAUUGUUAAUUUAUUUGUUCAAUAUAGAAUAUUAUAAUCGAGUGGUUGAAUA